AUGACACAUAAUAACGAUAAAGAUAUUACAUUAUUACUUGGUAAAAAGUUAUUAAUGGGAUGGUCAAUGUUAAAUAAUGUUUGUAAAGAUUGUAAAAUUGUUCCAUUGGUAGAAAAUAAAAAAGAUAAUAUAAUUUUAUGUGUAUCAUGUGAAAGAAAAUUGAAAAGAGAUGAAAAUGGUGAAAUUUUAGAUGAAAAAAAAUCAACACCUUCAAAUACUUCUUCUUCUUCUUCUUCUUCUUCUUCUUCUUCUUCUUCCUCAACAACAACUACACCAUCUUCUUCAAAUACUUCAACACCAAUUCCAACAACUACAACUAUUACAAAUAUAACUAAACCACAACUACAACCACAACACGCAACAACAACAACUAUUAAAAAUGAUACAAAACAAAUUGAUAUGAAAUAUUAUGAUGAUGAUUAUUUUGAUGAUUAUGAUGAAGAUGAUACACCAUUGACAGAGGAGGAAAAAAUAGCAAUUGAAAAAAGAUUAAAAAAAUCUGAUGAAUUUAGUUCAAAAAUGGGUGAAUUUCUAUUAAAAGGUUGGUCACUUCUUUCAGAUAGUUGCCCAAAUAAUGAAUGUUAUGGUGUACCUUUAAUGAAAGAUAGAGAAAAGAAAUUUUAUUGUGUUUCUUGUAAAAUGUCUGGUUUAGAAAUUGAUGAUUUAAUUCAAAAAUUACCUUUAACUACUUCUACUGAAUCACCAACAACAUCGCCAACUUCAACUACUACAACAACAACAACAACAACCACCCCAAAUAAUAAAACAAAUCCAAUAAUAGAAAAACAACAAAUUAAAGAACUACAACAACAACCACAACAACCACAACAACCACAACAACCACAACAACCACAACAAAAUUUAAUUAGAUCAACAAAUACACCAAUAAUUGUUGAAAAUAUUACACCAAUUAAAAAUACAUUAACAAAUAAUAGUACAUUCUCACCACCAUAUCCAGAACCAGACCAAAAGAAACAAAGAAUGACUGGUACAACUCCACAAAAAUUAAAUAAUAGUAGUAAUAAUCAAUCAUUUUUGUCAACAUCCUCUGUUAAUAAUAAUAGUUCAAUUUUAAAUGAUGAAAUCCAAGAAUUACCAGAUUUCACUGACAAUACAUUAUCAAUACUUUUCGAAAAAUUAAAAGAUGCUCAAAAUCAAUUAGUUACAACCAACAAUAUUCAUUAUUGUUCAUUAAUUAGAGAAUAUACCUCAACAAUUUCAUCUUUAUUAGAAUUAAAAAAACAUUGGACAAUGUAA